CCGUGAGCUGCGCAUCAACCAACUUUCUACGAUGUUAGUAGGAAGUUCCAUUGUGGCGAAUGCCGUUUUGGAAGAUUACAAGGUGCUAGGCCGCAGGGAAGAAGAAGCUGCUCGUUUGCGGGCCGAAGCGGAAGAGUUGGUGAAGGCUGCACGUGCGGGUGCGGAGCAGCUUGAAAGAGAUAGAGCUGCUUUUGGUAAGCAGAAAAAGACUGCAGAGUGGGCUGCAACUGCUGAGCUGAAACAGGUUCGUACUCUUGCCAAGUUACUUUCUGGUGAACGCAAGAGUUGGAACGAAAAGUUUUCCAAUGAGCGCAAGAAGUGGAACGAAUCUUGGGCUAAGCAGAAUGACAAUCUGUUUCGUGCUCGUCAGGAGUUGACGAAUGCCAAGGCAGCGAACGCUGCUUUGGUCAAAGAGAAGGCUGCAGCUGAGGUGGUUGCGGUUAAAGCCCAACAGGCGGAGGGCCGGGCUGUAAAGGCGCUUGAAGAGGCCAAGGAAGUGGGGGCUCGUGCUGCAAAGGCCCUUGAGGAGGUCAAAGAGAGGGAGAGUCGCUCUUCUAAGGCUCUUGAAGAGGCAAAUGCUGAGCGCACCCGUUUGAAUCAAGUGGUUGCCAGCCUUCAGGCUGAAGUUCAGACCCGGGAGGUCGCGGUUACAGACCUCACAGCCCGCGUGACUGUAGCGGAAGAGCGGGCUAAUGCUGCUGUUGAGGCCAGAGAUGCUCUGACUUCUUCGUUUAACCAGCUUGAGGCUGAUCGUGAGUGGAUGCGGUGUCACGGCAUUGCACGUAUUAUUCAGGCUAUCAUGGAUGCACCUGAAACCGCAACUGGUUUGGACUUGGUCAAGGAACGUGCCCGCGAUGCCGGUUUUAAAGCUGGUUACAGCCGCUGUAUCGGUCACAUAAACGUCAUGUCUAAAGGCGGUUAUACUGAAGAGCGGUCCGGGUUUCGUGACGUGGACACCGAAGCGCUCCUUAAGGCGGCUGUUGCCUCAUUUUACGAUACGUCCCUCUCUUGCGUGGAGAAGCUGGACGAAUGUUUAGAGGCUGCGGAUUAUGUAGACCGGUUGCGGAUGCUGUAUGCCGAUGCAGAAGAGGAGAAUCCUGUUGGUGGCGGCCAAGAUGGCGCGGGUACCAGUGGUUCAAAAUAGGGUUUAGGUUGGCCUGUGUGCCCCUUUUUUGUUUUCCUCUUGUAUAUGUGGGAAACUUUGUGUAAAUCCAUAUAUGCACCGCGUGGGUACCUGAAUUUUUUUUGA